GCGCUCGUGCAAGUAAUAAUGCGGUUAGGGGAGAUUUCGGGCUUCGUGGGGGCGCAGCGAGUCACCAGCGACCCACGGCGUAAAAUGCGCAUCCAUCAAAGACGCAUUUACAUCUGAGAGCGUCUGAUAACGAGAGAUAAUGAUGAGAUCAAGGCGAGCGGACAACCAUAGACCCCGCGACGCGACUGCUUUACCGCAGUGGAUGCGCAUGUAUUUUUACGGGAUGCACGGGGUCACGCUGGACAUCCUGCUGUCCUCAAUCCGCCGGUUCCUGGAUCACGGUGACCCUCAGCUGCUGGGAUUCUCCUCUCCAUGUCUGUGCGUCGUCCACUCCUUUACGCAUGUCGCUUUGGAGAAGAUCUACCUGCAGAAAAGAUGCUUCCAAGAGCGACCUGUCGUCUUUCACCUCGUCUUCUACCCGUGCCUCUACAUCUGCCUGCAGAUUUUAAUCGGGAAUCUGGUGACAUGCACCGAAAGCAUCACCGUAUCCGUUACGCAGCUCAUAGUGCAUUACAUCCUCGCUUUAUAUUUCGCAUAUUUCUUCCAUAAACGCUUCCUGGGGCUGCAGUAUCAAAACACCGCGGCGAAAUCCCACCUAAACGCGGUGCCCGGCGUCCUGCGCUUCGUGUUUUUCGGCAUGCACGGCUUUCUGGACGAGGUGCUCUUCACUUCUGUGUUUAAUCUCUUUGAGAAGGGAGAACUGAGGGGGCAUACAUCCCUCUGGUCAUUCCUGAUGUAUGGGAGCUGCAGUUUUGUAGUGGAGAAGCUCUAUCUUUUUCUGCACUUUAGAAGAGGAUGGGGGAUCUCUCGGCGCCUCCCCAUAUACAUCUGCUUCAUCUACACAUGGGAGUUCAGCUGGGGCUUUACUCUCAGGCGGUUCGGAGCAUGCUCCUGGGACUAUUCUCACUAUCCUCUUCAUUUCAUGGGACUGGUGACGCUGAUGUAUCUUCCAGGAUGGGUUUGCCUGAGUCUGUAUCAGGACGUCUUGUCGAAUGUUCUGCUCAGGAUUGUGUAUGAUGGAAAGAGGUGGUGCCAAUGGAUGCCUGGUGCCAAAAGGGAAGCUUGAAGAGAACACAGUGGAUGUGGGGGUUUCUUAAUAUAUCCUCCCGGGACCAGCAA